ACGUAAUAAAACCUGCCGUGCAGAAGCAGUCAUUAAGGUCACUGGCCUCCAUGUUUGACUCCGGUAAGCUGAACGUGGAUGUUUCUCUGCUGCUUUGGCAAAUACCAGGAACGUAGAUAAAUCGGCUUGAUAAGAGCUCUCCUGAAUUCCCCCUCCAACCACCAGCCACCCCCCCACCUCCUUGACGCCUGUGAAGAGGAAGUUAUUUGGUCAACUUGGGGACAUUUCACGCGUUAAACGCUCUCUGGCUCUCACAGCGACUUAGACCGUGGCUUUGCUCUUCCAGAUGCCAGCUUCUUUUCUCCCAAAUUAAGGUGCAGCUUAUUUGGCACCAUCAUGCAAGUUAGAGUCAAUUCUUCUACUGGGGUCCUGCAAGUCCCACUGUAGCAGGUAAAUCUUAAGCGGUAGCACAUGGCACUUCACUCAUCUGUAUGCUGGAACUUUUCUCUGUUGAAGUCAGCCCUGGCGUCAUGGCAGUCACAGAGUCUGACAUUCUCCGGAGCAUCCACGCUAUCUUACGAGAGUUAGAUGGACAUCACCCGGCCUCUCAGUUUAACAGAGGGAUGUUGAGAUGGACGUUACAUAAAAAAAUUGAAAGAAAUCCUGCUAGCAAUUGUACUUUAGUGAGAGUUGUCAUCAAGGAGCUAGAGAAGGCUGAGAAGGCUGAUAACAAACUGUAUAUCAUUCCUCUGAUUCACACCUUGAUGUACGGCUUUAUUCAAGCCACAGACAUUCCAGAUGAGCUGUACAAGAGAGUGUAUGACUUCUGCACACGUCUAUUAACACUACCACAGCCGUACUGCAGCAUCGGCUUCAGCUAUGCCAACAGCGUGAAGACAGAGCGAUCGACUCCAGGGGUUCUGUAUCAUCGUCUGCUUGCUUCUGAGCAAAACUUGAAGAAUGACCACUAUACAUAUCAAGAAAGGGUGUUCGUGUUUGCAGACCCUAGCUUGUUCUCAGAGGAGAUGAGUGCUGCCCUGGCUGAAGAGUUUGAGACAGCAGAUAUCUGCAGGAGCCAAUCAGACUACAUGUGUGAUGGAAUCCUGCACGUUAUGCAGGCGGCGCUUGCGGGGAGCUGCUGCACACGGCGUUUAGGCCGAGCUCUGCAGAGCAAAGAGCAAGCCAUGAUCGAGCUGUACUUUCAAGAGUUGGUGGCCAUAGUAGAGCAGAGUGCUGAGGAUGUUGGAGGAAACCGCAGCCAGUAUGUGGAAAAGCUGCAGCAACUGUACUUGACCAUCACAGGCCCCACGACAAGAGCCUUUGACGAGUCAAUGACUGGCACCCCUUCUGGCAUUUCGAUUCCAAACCCCAACAUCUCCUUUCACAUGUGGAAUGAGGAUGCACUUCUCUGGCAACAGCUGUCAAAAGUUAUCAAGAGAAGCUUCUCCCGAGCAGAUUCAGAGUUCUUUGACUUGCAGGACUCGAUUGCAGACCUGACCUCAACCGACAUGAUAAGGCUUUCUAUACUCUCUACAGACAGCGGUAUUGAGAGAGACCUUCCUUUGUCUGAGUUGCUUCCUGUGAUCGAGGAGCCUGGCAGUAGCAAAGGAGAGCCAGAACAGGGGCGGCUUAUGAGAAAGGGUGGCAUCAAGAUGAAGCCCUCCAUAACAGACACCAUAGCCAGCUCGGCUGAGGAGACAGUUACCUGCCCACCAGGAAAGCUGCAGAGAAGAUCUGGUAGCCAAAGCAUCUCUGGGAACAGAAGUCAGAAACAAUACACGGCACGUGUCGUGCUUCUGGGAGAUGACCGGAUUCUGGGGAAAAUGGCAAAGGCAUACUAUUCUAUCAGAAAAAGGGAAGCCAGGCGACCAUUCCUCUUGCCCAAGAUGAAUUUACAUAUCUACUGCAUCCCUGUGUGCAACAGCCAGCCAGGGUCACCAUCAACAGAGCUGGAGUAUCUAUCGGCUGAGAAGAUGGACACCUGCCAGCUAGCCGCCUACCUGGGGAGGGCAGACCCCUGGUAUGAGAGUAACAUCAACAGCCUUUCCCACAUGAUCCCCAAGUUAGCCAAAAUGAAUUGCUGCUCUGGCAAGACUUCAGCUGCAAACCCCUUCCUGGUCGACAUCAUUUCUUACUAUGUGCGAAUGGGUCAGCAGCCCGUCUACUUCUGUAUUUACUCAGUUAAGAUAUCCUUUUCCUGCUUGACAAAAGAAGCUGCAGAAGAUGUCUUUCUGACACAGGCAGAGAUCUGCAUUCCAGAAUUGCCAAGUGCUGGAGAAAACACUUUGACACGGAAAAGAAAUGUGACCGAGAGCUUUGGUGCUGUCCUAUCUGUCACUUACAAGAAGGCAUCUCUAAGCAACAGAGAGUGUGAGAAAUCGCUGACCUUGCGCACCAGUGGAGUCGUCAUAAAUGCUAUUCCAUCCUGCACCACAGAGGACUUUGACUGCUUGACCGUCUGCUUUUCUGAUGGCCUGAAGGUUAAGUCAACUGAGGACAGCAAGAUCAGAGCCUCAAGUAUUAAAAUAAGAAGCCUUGAGCAAAAAUCAUUCAACGUCUGCUUUGACAAGGAUCACAGGAGGGUCUACAAAGAGGUGUCAAGCAUUGAAGUGUCACCUUGUCUGGAUCCAGGAUUCUGCUUGCAGAAAAUGAGAGAUACAAAAUUCAGCUUUGGGGAAGAGCAGAAUGUAGGCCUGACACAGUACAUGCCCAAAGGACUCUCUCUGGCCAUUAACACGUUUGCUGGCAUCAUUCGCUGACUUCUACAGGGCACCAUUAUAAUUGUUGCAUUAAGUACCUUGGAACGUCUUUCUCUGCAUUUAACAAAUGCUCAGGAAACAUCCCACCAGUUCAAGCUUCUGGCUUGGAUGCUGCAGUUUAACACAAUGCGCUCUGAACAGUCACCUCAUUCGAGGUGAUGCGAUGGAAGAUGGAAGCCUGCACUGAAAGAAAUGACGCUGCAUUCGUGGUAAGACAGCAACCACUCCCUCUACGGGCAGCAUUCAGCACUUCUUUGUGAUCAAGAAUUGAAUAUUCAAGGUUGCGCUUGUCCUACAAACAGUAAAUGAUGCUGCAGCUACCCAUCACUCUGACCUCAGCGACGGUCCACACAUUUUCUCCCACAUCCUGUGGAUCUAAGUGCACUGAGUACUGUGUGUGAUGUACUUGCUACGUAUUUCUACCACUGUAGUGAUCAAAGCAGUAGUGUCAAGCAUGGUGAGCUACAGCCUACCUCUAUCAGCGCUGGGUGCAAGGCGCAAUGGCUUCUCAGUCUUAAACAUAAUUGUCAGUGACAUAUGUAUGCACCAAUCAAACUCGGUUGGUUCAGGGAUAACCCUGAACAAGUGGUAGUACCCCACCGGUGACGGAAACCUGAUCAACAGUGAUGGUCACACAGGAAGUGGACUAGAAAAAUGAAAAGAAUGAAGGGAAAUCAUUGUGUCAUCCAGAAUCAUAGCAAUGGCAGACUGGAUGGUGAAUGAGCAAAUUCAUUUCGAAAUGGUUCAUAAGCAGUACAUUAAGGACUGCUAAAGCAGACUGUUUGCACAAAAGACCAUCUUUCCAGAAGGUAUGCAGCAUAGCUGCUACAUAUAUACAAUGGACGGACAUAAAGGUGUCUAUACUAAACUGUGCUAGACUUCUGAUUAUUUUGCGCCCAGUGGAGCCAAAAAAGGAGAACAUUUCUGCUCAGAAACCAUUGGUCAACAACAUGGGACAUGUGCAGGGACUGGAAAAGCAAAUGAGCAUACAGUAUAUGGAGAGAUGCACUUUGAUUAUUAAACAUGGUGGCCUUAGAUCCUUUGUUAUGCUGCUACAAAAAACCAAGAAUGUCUAAAAGUAUACAUAGCACUAAUAUGAACAAUUCAUAGGGACUCAAUUAUUGGGCUUGGUUUGUUGGUUUGUACAUGGCGCUGACACAGACAAUGCAAUCUACACAUCUGUCUUAGCGGGGAUCACCUAUACUGUUGCAGGUGUAAUUCAAUCAUUUGAUGAUCGAGAUUCUGUUGCAAAUCUUUAGAACUUUCAGGGCAGGCUGGUUUGGUGCUAAUACAAUGCUUGACCACACAUACAUGAUACCUACUAAGGCCAAGGAGAUACCAGUACACUUUGGUCUAUCUGUAAUAGAGCUCAUGCAGGAUAUUCUAGGGUUGCACAUACAUCCACUCCCCACCCAACAUGAAGUCCUUAAGCCACUGAGAAAUGGUUGUUUGGAUUUUCCACAAGACAUUCCACCCCAUCUCCUAUUGCCCAACACAUGGGUUUCACGAAGUAUACUAAAGAGACCCACAUGAAACCUCAUUCUGAAUCGAUAAAUUUCUCCAUUGCUCUGGGAUGCAUAUCUUCUUCAUGCAUCACCUGAUGGACACCUAAGGUGCACCACUGCUUUGGAGUGCAACUAUUUUUUUGCCAUAAAUUGAACAUGUGCAUCUUACCCUCUUAACGACCAACAAUUUGACCCUUACUCAACACUUUCAAUUCUUCAUGCAUCUGACAAUUAUGUCACCAAGUGAUUUUUGGGGUGCUAUAGUACCAACAAGGUUUAUCUACAUUUAGAGAGUUUUAUCAUCAUUAUACAACUAAAUUUUGUUGACAUCCUUGCCUUCACAGCCAAGUAAAUGUAAAAAAAAAGACAUAAAAAUAAACAUUUAAGACUUUUUCAUUCUGAUAUUUAGCUCAACAGGUUUUCCAAAUAGUGAAUUGAAAAUGAAAGUUACAAAAGGGUUGGAAAUGAAAGGAUUCCUAGUGGAAGUGAAUAACAAUGUACAAUAUGCAUGCUUCGCUGGCAUUGACAUUAUUUUGCUAAUGGUAUUUAAGAUGGAAGCGUCAAUGCUUAGGUCCUGCUUCUUAACAAAUUAUCUCUUACACAGUUUUGCCUACUCUGGAUCAUUUUAUCUGCACAGACAUAACAAAUGUUGUGAAGUUUGGUCUUAACUCUUCUGUUUUUGUAGACGAGUUCAAAUUACGGUUAGAGUUAACCCUAACCCUAACCUACAACUGUCUCCCUCUGUGCCUGCACAAUAUUUCUGUAAGGUUUCCAUUUACUUUGCACAGGAAGAGAUUUUUAGGGAUAAUGUUUACCAGAAAAUUCGAUAUUGGACUAAUGAAUGAAUUACUUAAAAAUUUCAGAGUCAGCCAAUGCUUAGGUCCUGCUUCUUAAAAAAUUAUCUCUUACACAGUUAGGAAAAGGACAACAGAUUGAAAUUAAGACCUUUUUGCUGCGUUUUGAGACAUUCAUUCUGUUGAGUGGUUAUACAGUAGCUGUUGACCAUUUCCAGCUGGUGUCAAUACUGGAAAAAAUAAAUCUAUAGCAGUUCCAAGGCCAAAAGAUGGCCUGGCUCCACCUGAGCAUUCUACAGCACUCUAUAUUUAUAUGUAUAAUGAAAAAUACAUGGGGCAGCACGGUGGGGCAGGGGUAGCGCUGCUGCCUCGAAGCGGG